CACGAUGGGAGAUCUGUGACUCUGAUUAGAUAGAAAGAGAAAGGUGAGGGGCAGAGAAAAAAAAAAAGAAGAAGAAGAAAGACAGAGACUGAGGGAAAGUCUCUAUCACAUUGCCUCAGUGGCUUCAUGGACCCAGGAGAGGCAGAAAAACAGAGGGAGAGAGAAUGUUACCAGAGCAUGAAAGCUUCCUCCAUUGUGCUGGGGACCCUACUUGAACAUUUGUGAAGCAAAUCCAGACUGAAAAUUCAUAUUGCAGUAAUGAAAGAGAUGAAAUGAUGUACACUGGAUAUUGAGGAAGAGAUGGAUAGUGAGAUAACAUACUCCACUGAUGUUCAUGAAGUUAGUGAAGGAACAGAGAUGGGAGUGAUUUCAGGCUACUUAUCUCUGGAAUCCAGACUCUAAAGCACUCAGUUAUACUGUGUAUAACAUGUAUGCAGAUAUUUGCCUGGCUCAUCACUAUGGUAACUGGAGAGAGUGGAGAAUCAUGGUGUUCAGAGCUCAGAGCAAAAGGCCGGAAGCACAAGAGUCUACAGAGAAGAAAGGAAAAUCUGAGGACUUUUCAAAGAUGGUUUGGCUGCCUUGGAGAUUUGGAGAUCUGAUGCCACGAUGAGGACUCACACACGGGGGGCUCCCAGUGUGUUUUUCAUAUAUUUAUUUUGUUCUGUGUCAGCCUUCAUCACUGACAAGAAUCCAGAAGUCAUGAUUCCCUUCAUCAAUGCUAACUAUGACAGUCACCCCAUGCUCUACUUCUCCAGAGAGGAGGUAGCGGAGCUCCAGCACAGGGCCGUCAGCUCGCACAAGCACAUAGCUGCCCGGAUCACUGAAGCUGUGCACACCAUGCUCUCCAGCCCCUUGGAGUACCUCCCUCCCUGGGAUCCCAAGGAAUACAGUGCGCGCUGGAAUGAAAUUUAUGGCAACAACUUGGGUGCCUUGGCAAUGUUCUGUGUGCUGUAUCCUGAGAACAUUGAAGCCCGAGACAUGGCCAAAGACUACAUGGAGAGGAUGGCAGCACAGCCUAGUUGGUUGGUUAAAGAUGCUCCUUGGGAUGAAGUUCCUCUUGCUCACUCCCUGGUUGGUUUUGCUACUGCCUAUGACUUCUUGUAUAACUACCUGAGCAAGACACAACAGGAGAAAUUUCUUGAAGUGAUUGCCAAUGCCUCAGGAUAUAUGUAUGAAACGUCAUACAGGAGAGGAUGGGGAUUUCAGUACCUGCACAAUCACCAGCCCACCAACUGUAUGGCUUUGCUCACAGGGAGCCUAGUUCUGAUGAAUCAAGGUUAUCUUCAAGAAGCCUACUUGUGGACCAAACAGGUCCUGACAAUCAUGGAGAAGUCUCUGGUCUUGCUCCGAGAGGUGUCAGACGGCUCCCUCUAUGAAGGAGUUGCCUAUGGAAGCUACACCACUAGAUCUCUUUUCCAGUACAUGUUUCUUGUCCAGAGGCACUUCGACAUCAACCACUUUGGCCAUCCAUGGCUUAAGAAACACUUUGCAUUUAUGUAUAGAACCAUCCUGCCAGGAUUUCAAAGAACAGUGGCUAUUGCAGACUCAAAUUACAACUGGUUUUAUGGUCCAGAAAGCCAGUUAGUAUUCCUGGAUACAUUUGUCAUGCGUAACGGUAGUGGUAACUGGCUGGCUGACCAAAUCAGAAGGAACCGUGUGAUGGAAGGUCCAGGGACACCAUCCAAAGGGCAGCGCUGGUGCACUCUUCACACGGAAUUUCUCUGGUAUGAUGCCAGCUUGAAAUCUGUUUCUCCUCCGGAUUUCGGCACUCCUACAUUGCAUUAUUUCGAAGACUGGGGUGUUGUGACUUAUGGAAGUGCGCUGCCUGCAGAAAUCAAUAGAUCUUUCCUUUCCUUUAAGUCAGGAAAACUUGGGGGGCGUGCAAUAUAUGACAUCGUCCACAGGAACAAAUACAAAGGUUGGAUAAAAGGAUGGCGCAAUUUUAACGCAGGGCAUGAACACCCCGAUCAAAACUCGUUUACUUUUGCUCCCAAUGGUGUACCUUUCAUCACCGAGGCUCUCUAUGGGCCAAAGUAUACCUUCUUCAACAACGUUUUAAUGUUUUCCCCAGCUGUGUCGAAGAGCUGCUUUUCUCCCUGGGAGGGGCAGGUCACAGAAGACUGUUCAUCCAAAUGGUCUAAGUAUAAACAUGACCUGGCUGCUAGCUGUCAGGGAAGAGUGGUCGCAGCUGUGGAGAAAAAUGGGGUGGUUUUCAUGCGGGGAGAAGGCGUGGGCGCUUAUAACCCCCAGCUCAAGCUGAAGAAUGUUCAGAGGAAUCUCAUCCUUCUGCAUCCACAGCUUCUCCUGCUGGUGGACCAAAUUCACCUGGAAGAGGACAGCCCCUUGGAGUCAGCAGCAAGUUUCUUCCACAACGUGGAUGUCCCUUUUGAAGAAACGGUGGUAGAUGGAGUCCAUGGGGCUUUUAUCCAGCAGCGUGAUGGCCUCUAUAAAAUGUACUGGAUGGAUGAUACCGGCUACAGUGAGAAAGGCACCUUUGCUUCCGUGACAUAUCCCCGGGGCUAUCCCUACAAUGGGACAAACUAUGUGAAUGUCACCACGCACCUCCGAAGUCCCGUCACCAGGGCGGCUUACCUCUUCAUAGGACCAUCAGUGGACGUUCAAAGCUUUAACAUCCACGGAGACUCCCAACAGCUCGAGGUGUUCAUAGCCACCAGCAAACAUGCUUAUGCUGCUUACCUCUGGACUGGCGAGACCACAGGACAGUCUGCCUUUGCCCAGGUCAUUGCAGAUCGUCAGAAAAUCCUGUUUGACAGGAGUUCGGCCAUAAAGAGCACCAUGGUCCCAGAGGUGAAGGAUUAUGCUGCAAUUGUGGAACAGAACCUGCAGCAUUUUAAGCCCGUGUUUCAGCUGCUGGAAAAACAAAUCUUGUCUCGAGUCCGAAACACAGCUAGCUUUAGGAAGACUGCUGAACGCCUGCUGAGAUUUUCAGAUAAGAGGCAGACUGAGGAGGCCAUUGACAGGAUCUUUGCCAUAUCACAGCAGCAGCAACAGCAGCAGCAGCGACAGAGCAAGUCAAAGAAAAGCCGAAGGGUUGGCAAACGCUAUAAAUUCGUGGAUGCUGUCCCUGAUAUUUUUGCACAGAUUGAAGACAAUGAAAAAAAGGUUCGGCAGAAAGCACAGAUUUUGGCACAGAAAGAACAACCUAUAGACGAAGAUGAAGAAAUGAACGACCUUUUAGAUUUUGCAGAUGUAACCUAUGAGAAACACACAAACGGCUUGCUGAAGGGCGGGUUUGGUAAUGGGCGGAUGGUGACGACUUACAGCAGAACCUCAUCACUGUCUGCUUCAUAUACUAGACUGUUCCUGAUUCUGAAUAUCGCUAUUUUCUUGGUCAUGCUGGCAAUGCAGUUGACUUAUUUCCAGAGAGCUCAGAACCUACAUGGCCAAAGAUGUCUGUAUGCAGUCCUUCUAGUAGAUUGCUGUAUUUUAUUAUGGUUAUAUUCUUCAUGUUCCCAGUCACAGUGUUAGCACUGAAGCUAUGAAUUACUUGAUCAUUUUGUGGUGACAAGAAUCUAUUCGAAACGCCAGCCUUCGUUGCCCUAGUUUUUACUGGAUUUUUCUCCUUCCCAAUUUUUCACACAGGAAAUCAGAGACAUGCAGAAAUCAUAACUGGAAUGGGAAAAGACUUCAUUAGAGGAAUAAGAGUAGCUCAGUUGACUCAUGGUGUUUCUGAGAGGGUUUGACUUGACUAAUUUAGCAGUCCAUGCAAUACUGCUGUGAAGAGAAAAAAAAAUCAGAGGUCUAGUUUUAAUGAAUAUUUUCCUGUAAAAGAACAACAAAUUAUAAUUGGGGUUUAUGAAUGUUAAUUUAAUGUUAUUAGAAAUUUCCUGGUACUAUCUUAUGGAAAUGACAGGAGCACACAAUCUUAAAAAGUAUAGAAGUUUUCCGUUUAAUGGUGUAGUCAUGCUGAAAAAUAAGUUUUGCUAAGUCCUGGUCGGCUGAUCUGAACUUCUUGGAAGGCAAUUCACUACAUAACUAAAUAACAUGAUUUGCAACUUGGGUUACUAUUCAGAGAACAUACUAAAAUGAAGAUAGAUCAUUUAAAAAUUAAAUAUAUUUCUAGUAGAAAGUACCCAUCAAUGACUAUUUCCUUAACAGUGUUGUCAUAUCCUUUGUAUUUAUGCAUCUGUGGAUUGCUCAGUAAAUAACUUUUUUUAUUUCCUUAUGUGAAAAACUGUUAUAAUCACAAUGACUAAACUUAAAGUAUCUUAUAUCCUGGACACUGAUUUUAAUACCAAAGAAAACAGGGAAACUAAAUUUGGGGUAUGAUUAUCUCUUUUGAUAGAAAAAUUUCUUCAAGUUUAUUUUGCUAAAUAAACAUCAUAUUUGAAAUUCUUCUACAGCGUCUUCUUUGUUCUACUACAUGCAACAUGUAUACAGCAAUUUUGAAAUCUUUGAAGUGAUGUUUAUUUGAAUAUGUGUGAAUGAAACUUGUAGAUUUUCAGUGUGUGUUUUGCUAUUGUUUUUGAGAGAGUGACUCCAAGUUCAAUCCUGAGAACUGAGUGGUAGCACUGGUCUCUCUCACUCUCAUAAAGCACAUCUUUAAAAAGGAGAGAAUGGCACUUUUAAAAGGAAUUUAAGAGUAGGAUAUCUUAUAUUCGUCUUACUUAAUUCUAUACAUUUCUCCCUUGAAAAGAGAAAAUAUGUACUGUUGACUCAAAUUUCACAGUAAAUAACAUGAACUGGUUAA